UGUCCCAAUCUUCCCCAUGUGACCCUCCCCUCCCCCCCUCCCGAAGAUCCCUGAUCAUUGCACAGAAAGUUGAGAUAACUAGAUUCAUUUUAAAUCAUACAAUACAAUACCAACCAAAGUUAAAAGAACAACACAAUAUAAUGCAAGUAUAUGAUGAUGUUGAUAAUCAUCACUUCAUGUCCUUGUGUUCAUGUUCUUUUCCUAAACAUUCCAUGUUUUGUUAUUCACUUCACUAUAUAAAUCACACUUGCAAUUCUCAUUUCUAGUUUGGUUUUCCUCUUUUUCACUUCAUUCUUCCCAAUGGCACAUUUACCUCCUAAAGUACCAAACAUGACACCAAAUUGGCCUGCUUUUUCACAUCAUCAAAAAAUAGACACCAACACAGCCGGUCACAACCCGUCAUGGGUAGACGAAUUCCUCGACUUCUCGUCGACGAAACGAGGUUCACAUCGGAGAUCCAUUAGUGAUUCAAUAGCUUUUCUUGAAGCACCAAUGGUUGAAGAAUGCCGAAGGCUAUCAACUCCAGGAAAAACAACUGGUUCAGAAUUUGAAAGAUUUGACGAUGAACAACUCAUGUCGAUGUUUAACGAUGACAUUGCCAAUCCUUCGUCGCCUUCGGACAAUAACAGCAUUAAUGAAGAAAAGAAGAUGAGUACGAUAAUCUCCACUGAUGACCAGGAAAUGCAACAGCAGCAGCAGCAGCUUAAGACUGAACCUGAAGAAGUUGAAAGUUCAUGCAAAUCCGAUGAACAAACUGCUUCUGAUCAGCAUGCAACUGCUGAUAAUAAUUCUAGUGAAAAGAUUGUUGAUCCUAAGAGAAUUAAAAGGAUCUUGGCAAAUAGACAAUCAGCACAAAGGUCACGGGUGAGGAAAUUACAGUACAUAUCUGAGCUAGAACGUAGUGUUACCACACUUCAGGCUGAAGUUUCUGUAUUGUCACCAAGGGUUGCAUUUCUGGACCACCAACGUCUGGUCCUAAAUGUUGACAACAGUGUCCUCAAGCAAAGAAUCGCAGCUCUUGCCCAAGAUAAAAUUUUUAAAGAUGCUCAUCAAGAAGCGUUGAAGCGAGAAAUAGAAAGGUUGAGGCAAAUAUAUUAUCAACAAAACCUAAAGAAGAUGGAAGAUGGAACCCUAACACCCCAAUCAAAAUCACAACCAGCAGCCGCAGAUGCAAAUGCUUCUGAGCAGAAAGAACAGCUCGUCAACUGAUCUGAUCCUUCACCUAGGAAAAAGAAAAAAGAUUGUAGCCCAAGGAGAAGCACUAAGCAGAUUCAUGUGGUGAUUGGACCCACAAAGAAAGUUUCUUAUUAUGGAGGGGACGAAGAUAAGAUCACUUGAAUUUCUGCAGUGAACUCUCAAAUUUAGGGGGCCAUAAGAAGUUAGUUUGUUUUUCUGCUUAGGGAUGGGUGUGUUAUAUUAUUAUUAUUAUUAUGAUUAUUAUUAUUAUUAUUAUUUAUUUCUAUUUAUCAAUCAUUAAUUUCUUUUUUUAAUUUCUUCAACUACCUUCAAAAGUUUUAUUGUUGGAAGGGGCAAGUGGGAGUUCUUGAAAGGUAGCUGUUUAUGUCAGUUUAUGGCACGCUCUUUUUUUCAGUGUCUUUUGUUGUGAGUGCUUUAUUUUAUUUUUUAUUUUUAAAUCUUUUGCUACUAUGUAUUCUCUCUCAAAGAGGGCAAUAACAUUGAUAAAUGUAAAUACUUCCUUUUUUUUUCUA